AUGGAAGGAGGUGCUAGAGCUUUAAUUUUAAGGACUUUAACCAGUGAAGAAUAUGAUACAAUAGAUCAGGCACUCCGAGAAAAGAUAGAAACAAUAUUAAAUGAACAUAUAGAAGACUACAUAACUGCAAAAGCUUUGUUUGAAAGUACUAGAGGUUCUCAACAAGAUAAAAUUAAGGAAUCACAAGAGAAGCUUAAAACAGCCUUGCAAGAAAAAGAUGAUUAUAAAAUCAAAUUAGAUGCUUUAUUAAAACAAUUUGAAGAAACUAGCCAGCGUUUAUCUAGUGCAAAUCUGCAACUCAAUAAAUUGCGAGAAGAUGUUCAGAGAUGUCAAAAAGAAAUUGAGGAGUUGCGACGGGAGAGAGAUGUUGCUGUUGAUGAAAGACAAGUUACAUCAAAUACUCUUGAAAGGAGAGAAGCUGAAAUCGAACGGUUGAGCGGAGAUGUUACUACAUUAACUUCUCAAUUGCGAGCUGCUAUUCAAGCUAAAUGUGAGGCUAUAGCAGAGGCUGAUGAAGCACGAGCGAAACAAAUGGAAAUUGAUUUCAAAGAGAAAAGGUUUGAAGCAGAAGUAAGUUUGCUAAGAAAACAGGUAUCAGAUCUGACAUCAGAUUUGGCAAAGGCAACUGAAGAUAUGUCCCGCCAGAGGCGUGAAAGCACUACCCAACUUAUUACACUUCAAACCAAAGUAGCUGAAAAAGAGGAAGAGCUAAGAAUUGAAAAAGAACACAAUGCAAAUCUUAAAAAAGGCAAUCGAGAACUUGGGGAAAGAAUUGAUGAAUUAACAAAUAAACUUAAAGAACAAGCUGAUAAAGAAGAUAGGAUUGUUGACAAUUUUCAACAAGAAAUAAGAGCCCAGACCAAACUCGCUGAUGUUUAUAAAGAAAGAUUACAAGAUUCUGAAAGUCGUGCCGGGGAGUUGAGCACUGCCGUCAGGGAACUGCAGAAGCUCCUUAGUGAAGCUUCAACUCAGUACGGUGAACUAGAAACAAAGCUGAAAGUGAUGGAAGUGGAGCACAAGGAAGCAAUGGAAGCAAAGCAAGAGACUCUCUUAGCACUGAAAGAGGAACUUGCUCAUGCCAACAUUCUCUUGGAAGCAGUUAAGCAAGAAUCAUCUGAAGCUGCAGUUAGUCGCUUGUCACCAAUGGCUGCUUCUGCUUCAAAAUUAAUGAAAUCCGGACUUACUCUGACGCAGCUUUACACUAAGUAUGCCGAAGUCACUCAAGAUCUUCUUGUCGAACGUCAGGAGAAAAAUAGGCUAAAAGAAUAUACUGAUAGAAUAAUAAAGGAAAUAGAGGAAAGAGCUCCAAUCUUGCAGAAACAGCGAGAAGAUUACAACUAUGCUAUUACCACUAUGGAAAGCCUUACUAUAAAAGUUGAUGAGCUCGAGAAUGAGCUAGCCAAACUCGCUAGAUCCAGAGAAGAGGCACAGCAGACGGCUGAGUUCCAGGUUAGGGAGAAUAGAAGGUUAAAUGGAUGUUGUGCUGAUCUCAGUCGUCAGGUGUGCUAUUUGUUAAGGGAACUUGAAGCUGCAAGAGGCAAUAUGAUUCCUUUGCAUGAGAUUCCUGAUAAUCUAGCCGCUGAUGUAAAGACAUCAGCAGAGGUUAUUUCAAAACAUUUAGUUACUUUCCGAGAUAUUGAGGAAUUGCAGUUGACUAAUUUGAAACUCCGGGCUGCAUUAAGAGAGAUGAGUGCAGAAAAAGAAGAAGUUGAAGUCGAAAGAGAAAGUGUUACUGUUAAAUCAUUGAGGGGUGAUAUAAAUCGAGCUCAAAGCAAAAUAGAUGAACUGAAUGAAAGAGAAAAUAUCUUGCAAAAGGAAAUAGAAAUAGUGAAAAGCCAAAGAGAUGUUUAUGCUCGACUAUACAAGCAACAUGUUAAAACUAUUGGAUCAAAUGGAGAACAAGAGGUUGAGAUGGAUACUGGUCCCCUUGAUGCUGAUCAAAAUGUAAUCUCUUCGAUAAAAUCUGACAGAUCAACAUCACCUGCAAUGUCCCCAACAUCUGUUAAGAAACAGGUUUCUGAUAGUGAAAUAAAUACUGUUCGGGCAAUACUUGAAGAAUUAAAGAAAGAACAUGCUCGUUAUAGAGAAGAAAGAAAAGAAAAUGAAAAAUUAAUGGCUGAAACCAUUGAUAAGCUUAGAACAGAACUUAGUGAAAGCAUGGGCAAGAGAAGUGAGCUAGCAUCAAGAGCUGAGCACUAUCAGGAGAUCUCAAAGACAUUGCAAAGCCGUGUUCAGAAGUUGAAUGAGGAAAAUACUGCUUUGGAAAAACGUUGCAAUACUUACCUUGCUUCUAUAUCAAAACAUGAAUUGACAAUCCAUCAACUGAGAAAUGAAGCUAUGGAUGCAAUGAAUAAUGUUACCGUAGCGGAACAAAAGGUAAACAACCUUCAACAAGAAAUUCAAAUGCUCAAAGACAGUGAGAGGCGUCUCUUAAGAGAACGUGAUUCUGAAAGAAAGAUCAAACAUGGCCAGGAACUAUUGAUGUCUAAUUUAGAAGCAUUGAAAGCUAAAUUUGAGUGUUCUGAAGCCGAAUCAAAAAUGAGACUUGAGUCGAGAUUAGAAGAAGCUCAUUUAGAAUGUUCUGCUCUCCGUAGAAGGCUACAGGAAGAACAAGAUAGGCUAGGAAGACGAGCUGAACUAGCUGAAGAACAGGCCAAAACAGCCAAGAUACGCUUGGAAGAAGUGAAAGCAGAAAGUGCACGAUUACAAAAAGAAUUGGAUGAAGCUAGGGAGGAAGUGAAAGAAAGGGAGGCCAGGCUGGAAUCGAUGUCUACCGAGUUGACUUCUGCCAUUACAAAGAGUCAACCAAUUCUUGACAGAGAAAAUCGAAUUAAAGAACUUGAAGCAGCUGUAAGGGAAAGAGAAGCAGAUGUAGCAGGAUUGAAUGAACAGUUGGCUGUUGCCAAGAGGACUAUCAAUGAUCUUUCUGAAGUUUCACAGAGUAUUGAAAAGCAAUUGGCUGAAGUUACCGAGCAGUAUGAAGAGUAUAAGAAGGAAUCCGAAACAAGCAUUAAUGAACUGAAAAAAUCUGAGACAGAAUUGAAGGCACUAGUUAGUCAACUGGAAAUGAAACUCAAAACUUCUAGUGCUGCCGAGGCAGAAAUGCGAGCAGAACGUGAAGCUGAACUAGCAUCUUUGAGAUCACGUUGUGAUAACUUGGGCAAAUCAUUAGAGGAAGCCAAAGUCCGUGUGACUGAGGCUGAGGCUACUGCAAGUUCAGCCGAAGCAACAGCAAAAGAACAAGCUGAAAGGGUAGCCUCAGAAGCUACUCAUGCUUCUCAGCUCAUUCAGGAACUUGAAACAGUGAAAAAUGAACUAUCUGAAGCCAAAGCUAAAAUUUUAACUGUUGAAGCAGAAAAAGAAAGAUCAGUUUCCGCAGCUAACUUGGAAUUGAGCUCAUAUACAGAAAAACAAUCUAAAAUGGAACACCAAAUUAAAGAAUUAGAAGAAAAGACCAUAGAACUUAACAAAGUCAAUGAUUUAUUACAUGAUCAGCUUCAAGAGCUGGGAUUAAAAGUAUCUGUUAUGGAUACUUCAUUAUCGACCAGUCUUGAUUCAUCUUCAGCUGCUAAUGAAUCAUUGGUAAGCGAUUCAUUCCGUGAAUCUGAUAAGUUUCUAGAAGUCAUGAGGCAUUUGAGAAAAGAAAAAAUGUCAGCACUAUCACAGGCAGAUGCUCUGAGAGGAGAUAAGCUUCGUCUGGAAGCUGAGGUUGAAGUUCUUAGAAGGCAGUUGGAAGAAUCUAAAAAAUUACUUGAAGAAGAACGAAGCUCUAGUGAUACUCCUUCUAUCACUGCUGAACGACAUGCUCAGUUAUUGUCUAAGGUAGAAACAUUGAAUCAGUUGACAGAAAAUAAUCGAGUGUUAAAUGAGGAGCGAGAUAGGUUGAUGGAUAGGCUUAAGAUAGCCGAGGCUGAGGUUACUCGUCUUGAAAAAGAUGUUGUAGAGCCUGCGAAGAAAGAAUCUGCUGAGAGUAGUGCACUCGCUGAGCGAUACUCCACAGAAGCUGCUGCUCUUAGAGCAGAAUCUCAAAGAUGGCAAGAACGUGCCAAUCAGUUAAUUGAGAGAACGAAUAAGAAUCCAGAUGAAAUUAAGAGGCUGACACUUGAGAAAGAAAAUCUAACAAGACAACUUGGUACCGAAAGGGAACAAGCCAAAGCAGCCAAAUUGAAACUUGAAGAGCAAGUAACAGAACUUCAACAUGAAAAAGAAGAACUGAAGAAUAGUCAGGAGAAAGCUCUUGAGAGUUUAAAGAAGGAAUUGACAACUUCAAAAGAGGAAAUGAAUAAAACAUCAGAAGAAUUAGCCAAACUAAAAUCUGAAAUGACUGCUCAAAGUGAAUCUUUGAAUGACAUCCGCAAUAAGGAACGUCAGAUAAGGCUGAUAGCUAAAAGAUAUAAACAGCAAUACACUGAUACUUUGAAAGUCAUGGAAGAUGAAAGGAAAGUUAAAGUUGAAGCAGGCCCUUCAGUAUCUCAAGAAACUGAAGAUAAAAUCAAACAACUUACGGAACAGGUAACCAAUCACGAGACUGAAAUAGAAAAUCUCAAGAGAGAAAAUGAAGCUAUGAAAGUUAAUUAUAAUGAGCGAGAUGAAAGAGCAAAACAAAUUCUUAAAAAUGCAAGGGCCAAAAUAUUACAUCUCACUGAAGACAAGAAAAAACUUGAAGAAAUUUUAUCCAAAGGUGGAGAAGGAGGUGACCUAAGGCAAAUUAUCGCUCAACUUGAAAAAGACAAGGAGGAGGAAGUUGCAGAAAAAGAAAGGCUCCAACGAGAGCUUGAAGUGAUGAAUCAGAGGUUAGCUAUCAUGCAAAGGCAGUUGGACAAGCAACAGGGUACAAAACCAUCUGCAAAUACUUCCGAAAAAGGAACAAGUGACCCUCCUACUGCUAAUAUUAAACCCAUGUCUGGUCAGUCUACCUCUGGUGUAAAACAACCACAAGCUCAACAUGCUGCUACUGUUACUCCAUGGAGGGAAACUCCCUUCGCAAGCAUACGGCCAAUGUCACCUCAGACCAGAACCGUAGUAGUACUUCCAAGCCAGACCACGUCUACAUCAAAUCAACCAGUGUUGGUGGCUCCACAGCAACAAGUUGUCCAUACAAGUAGCACAUGCGAGGGACUUUCAUCGUCCCCGACUUCAUCUCAUACUGAUUACAUGCCUGCCACAAGUUCAGCUGUCCAUAAUAUUCAUCCUGCAACGGUUAUUCUUGGACAGCAUAUGGAAGCAGAAACUGCCAGUGAAGACAGCCCCAGUCAGCAUUCUGUCCAACCAACACAGAAUACCGUAUCUAUAGCUCUUGUGCUUCCACAGCCAACGACACAGCAACAGGGUGAACCUGGGGAUGGAGAAAGUGCAGUUGUUGUUUCUGCAUCGUAUCAGGAACAAGUCUCCGAACUGUCGGUUUCUGGAUCAAGCCACAUGUCAACUCCAAUUGUAGCUACUUAUUACAGGCAGGGUGACGCUGGGAGUGGAGAGACUGCAGGAGUUGUUUCUGCCUCAGGUCAGGAACAAGUCUCGGAACAGUCUGUUUCAGGAUCGAGCCACAAGCAAGCACCAAUUGUAGCCACUUAUUACAGGCAGGCCCAGGUUGAAGAAUCAGGGCUUUCUGUAGCAAGUAGUGGGCAAGGAGGAGUUGGUAGUGGAAGCAGCAGUAGCCAACAGGCAGCCAGUAGCACGACCAGCACCAGGCAGAGCAGCCAAGGAAGUAGCAAGAGGCCUGCACCCGCUAGCGACGAGCAGAACAAGCACAGCACUCCGGCCAAGAGGACGAGGCUGACUCCCGCUGCUACCAGUGCUGCUGCCGCCACUGCCACUGAGGGCGAAAUGCUUCUUAGAUCUGAUGGCCUGGAAGUUGAAUACCAAGUACCAACUAGCAGCCAGAGAGAUCAAGAAGAUGACAUCCUGGUGAUCAGUGAUGAGGAUGAUGACAUGCCAGAUGAUGGGGGUAUUGAGGAUGGACAGGAAUUUGAAGAAGAGGUCGAAGAAGAAGGGAGAUACUCUCUUGAAGGAUAUGGUAGAGAUGCGCAGGAGAUUGCAGGCUAUGAAGAGGGCGAGGGGCCAGAUAUCGACGAAGGAAGCACCACCGACCAAGACAACAAUGAGGUUGAUAUAAUAGAUGAUUCGAGUGAAGUUCCUAAUCGAUGUGAAUCAAGCCGAAGCAACGUUAACGAAACUGUUGCUUCUGGAGGAGAAGCCACAAGUUCCCUCAGCAGUGUUUCCAGUAACCAAUCAUACCACAGGAGGCCUACAGCUGUACCUAUAUUAAACAGGCAUCCGAUACUCUUAGGCUAUGAAGAUGGAGGAGAUGAUUCAAUUGUGCCUAGCACUCCAACACUCUUCGUUCCACGCAGGAACGAUGGAUUUAGUGAAGCGGUCAGCUCCCCACAAGUACCCUCUGGACGAUUCACUUUUGCCCAGGAACCUACCCCUCCCCUCCGCCCUACUGUGGUUGCUGGAGUAACAUUAGCAGCCUCUGAGGGUAUGGAUGACACUAGAAUGGACUUGAGCACUUUAGAGGAAGGAACUGGUCGAAGUGUACCUUCGACUCCUUCGCAUGUUUCUCCUCAAGAAGCAGGCGGUGAAGAAAUCGGUCAAAGCAGUGGACAAGAAUCCGGUGGUAAUGGAAGUAUCGAAGGGGGAGAGCCAGAAUCUGACCAGCAACCACCAGCAGAUGAUAACCCAGAUGGUGUGAGCAGUGAAGGAGAAAAAGCUGGUGGCAGCCGCGUAAGUCAAGAUGAAGAGGAGGGCCGGGAGGCAGAAGCCAGCCCAGCAAGGAGAGCUGCUGGCAGUCGCCGGUCGCCACGCAGUAACCGAGCUCGCAGUAGGGUCACCCCUAUUGUCUGGGAGCCUUCUGUAUCAAUGAUGGCUGCUAGGGGAAGUGGAGCGCCUCCAAUGAGACCCGCACGAGGUGGACAGCCUGGAAGGAGCGGUGGCUUCAGAGGGGGAAGGCCUCGGCGAGGCUCCAGGCCUGGCUACCAUCCUGUCAACCAACCAUUCCAGCCAAACAGAUUCUAG